AUGCUUUUUCUAAGCUUCACCGAUUUUUUUCGCGCCGAGAACAUUUCCAAUAUGAUGCCGACGAUAUCUGGCGGAAUUCGCGCCGCCGGCAAACUCAUCGACCCGGAAAACUUCAAAAACGCGCUGAAUUGCACACUGGACGAAUCGAAUAUGGAGAUUCCGCAUUGCGACGACGUCUUCAUCGAUUCGGUGAUGCCGCCGGAGAUCCUCUACCAGCUCGGCACCCUCGUCGCCCUGCUCACCGCCUACGUCUCAUACGGCACGCUAAUCUCGAUCAUCCAAUAUCCGACGCGCACAUCGCAUUGUGUCAAGCUUUUCGUUUUGUUCUCCCUCGCCGGCAUCAUUUUCGCGAAUUUCUACGUGAAUUCGCACAAGACGCGCGACACGCUCAAAGUGUACAACGAGGCCGAGUUUGCCGCGAAAUUGGACAAUCUCACACAACUUCAUUUGCUCGAAAUCCAAAUUUCCAAAGAUCACAUCAUUGAUCAUCAAAAGUACAUAUGGACCGUCGUCGCCGGAAUUUGCGUGUCGCUUUACAUGAGCCUUCUGAUUCUGAUGGACAUCGUCAAGUAUCGAACCACACGAAGAAUCACCUAUUUGUUGUGCCUUUUGGACAUGGCCAUUCUCCACUGCUCCGCUCUGAUUGUCAAAUGGCGUCUCGCCUAUUCCGAUGACAUCCUUCCAAGCCUUCAAGCCGGCCUUUACGCUGCUGGCCAAUUGGUCCCGGUUGACGAUGUGCCAGUGAUGGUCGACUGCACACCAGCCUACGAUAAGAUGCGUCUUUGCGCUGCCGAGGUUCUUGACUCGAUGUUCCCGGAGGCGAUUCGAUCCAUCACCGCCGUCACAAUGAUCGCCAUGUUCGCCUACACGUUCACCGCCUUCUACGUUGACUGGGUGACACGUUGCGAGAUUCGCAUUCGCCGCCAAAUCGAGCGAGCCGCAAUCGACGACGCUUGA